CGGGACCGCACCGCGCCACCGCCUCCGUGCGGGUCAGCGAGUUGUGAGAAGCGGCGGCGCCGCGCUGCAGCCUCUCUCCCUCCCUCCCUCCCUCUUCCCUUCCCUUCCCUUCCUCCCUCCCUCCCUCCCCGCUGUCUCUCCCGCUCGCCCGGCUCCGGGCUGCGCGGCGGAGGCCCCUCUGCGGGAAACACGCCGCCUCCGCGCCAGGGACAGCAGCAGCAGCAGCAGCAGCAAGGACGCGUCCCGUCCCCGCGAGGAGGAGGAGGAGGAGGAGGUCUGUGCGUGAGCCCCUGCCCGCGGGUGGGUUGAUGGCAGCGAAGCCCUGUGGCUCCAGCCGAAGCGAAGGCAGGGCCACAGGAUUUCACGAGUAAGUUCUGUAUCAAGCCCGUAACUUCUGCAUGGUGUUCACGUGCUGUUAAAGACAGGCUCCAUCCACAGCAGGAGUUCAAGCAUGUUUCAAACUGCCUAGCAGCUCACAGGCUUGCGCUCUAAAUGGAGGGAUUGAUCCACCCUGUACAUCAGCUGUCGGUGACUGACCUGGAGAGCAAGCCUGCAGGCACAUAGCCUAGUGUUCAGCCUGUUGAAUCACGCAGCCUCCUCACACCGACGAGCGCACACAGCAAGGAGCAUUGUAGGCAGAUGGGGACCCACCACCUGCUGCCAUGAGGACAAGCCACUUCAGUCACCUGCCGGGAGUCCCGCCAGAGCGCCCGCGCCCGCCGGCAUCCGACGGCAAGACCUUGCCCAGUGACAGUGGCAGUGGCCCAGCUGGCAGCUGCCCGCAGUAUGUCAUGCAGGUGUCGGCCAAAGAUGGGCAGCUGCUCUCCUCUGUCGUGCGGACGCUCACCACGCAGAGCAACCCCUUCAAUGACCGGCCAAUGUGCAGGAUCUGCCAUGAGGGCAGCAGUCAGGAAGACCUGCUUUCCCCCUGUGAAUGUAUGGGGACCCUGGGAACUAUUCACCGCAGCUGCCUGGAGCACUGGCUGUCAUCUUCAAACACCAGCUACUGUGAACUCUGCCACUUCAGGUUUGCAGUGGAGCGCAAACCCAGGCCGUUGGUGGAGUGGCUGAGGAACCCAGGCCCCCAGCAUGAGAAACGGACUCUCUUUGGAGACAUGGUGUGCUUCUUGUUUAUCACUCCACUGGCGACCAUCUCUGGCUGGUUGUGUCUACGAGGAGCAGUGGACCAUCUGCACUUUAGUAGUAGGCUAGAAGCUGUUGGCCUCAUUGCACUCACUGUCGCACUCUUCACUAUUUACCUCUUUUGGACCCUAGUAUCCUUUAGGUAUCACUGUAGAUUAUACAACGAAUGGCGUCGGACCAAUCAGCGGGUGAUACUCCUAAUCCCGAAGUCUGCCAACAUCCCCUCCAACCAGCAGUCCCUGCUGGGCCAGCAGUCCCUCAAAAGGAACUCAAAGGAGACAAUCGUUUGAUUUGGGCAGUUCUGCACAGGGGCCAUGCCCUAGAAGUAUUUUCCUCAAACUCACUAGGGUCAGACCAGGAUAGCACUGUCCAGAACCCAGGAGUGUGCUAUUCUGAUUUACAAACUCUUUGCAGAGGAAUAAAUCACUGUUUGAAUUAAAAUCAUGGAUGCUGCAAUCAUAUGAUAUUUGCUAAGCUGCCAAACUUGUUUAUUUAGCAGAUACUGUAUGGAAUUCUACAAACUUGUGUUAAUACUUGCAUCAUCAAGUGACACAAACUUUUUUAUUGUUUAAAAUGUUAAGCUAUGAAAAUUAACAGUGCAAAAUAGGUUAAAAAGUGCUUUGUUUUUAUAAUUUCCUCUUCCUACAGUAUUAUUUCUUUAGGUAGCUGGACAGUAAUCAUUGCUGUCUUUUCUUUCCUAAAGCACACCAAUGGCAUUUCCCUGAUUUUAUUUGGGAGUUCUUUAUACCAAUAUAUUGGAUUAUUAAAAUUUGUGUGUAGUGAGUUCUAAAUAUUGGCAUAUUAUUUAAACACUAUAAAGUGAUUAGCAAAUUAUCUUCUCUGUUUCCUCUUUGGCAGGGAAGGUUCAAUAAGAAAGUUCUUCAGUAAUAAGUUUAGCGUAUGCAAAAGAAAGAAAUGACACAAACUGCAAUAAUCCUACUCAAAAGUAUUCUAGUAUGUAGCACUCAGGAAAAAAAUAAGAGCUUAUUUGAUGUUGUGUGUGCUUUAUGGGAGAAAAAGCUUAGUACACAAAGCCAAAUGAGUUAGCUUCUUUAUUCUGUCUUUGGACCAGUCUAGCUGUAGUCAUCUUAUUUAGCAAUGUUCUUUUUAAGUGUCAAUUUCAUGGGGAUAUAAGAAUCAACUACCUGUAUAAAGCAAUAACAACCUCAUUCAGGCAUAAAUCUAGUUUCACAGCAAGCCAAGAUGUGUAAGAAAAUCAUGAACCUUCAGAUCUAUACUCAUUAGUCUGACAGUAAGGUCAGGGGUUGGUCACGUUUGGCAGUGAAUACCUGCUUCUCUUCCAGGGUAAACUAUACAACAUUCUGAAGACAUGGAUAUCAGGAAGUCUGUGAUGGCCUAAAACCUGUAGUGCUUUUUUUAAACCCUCUUCUCAAAGACAACUAACUAUCUGUAUAGAAGACUGAACAUGCACAUAAACAGAGACUUCCAGGUUAAAAGAAGACCUGCUAGCCAGAGGCACAGAAAUAUAGGAGGUCUAGCUGGGUCAGGACACUGUCAGUGUUUUCAUGCCUACACAUUUGAUUUAGGUAAGCUCUCUUCAGAAUUCUGUACUAAUUUAGCUUCUUAGGGAGACAACCCAGAAAGUUGGCUCGCGAAAGAAGUGUUAUUCUUAAGUACUAUGCUUGAUUUUGUUUCAUGGAACAAAAAUUUAGGAUGAUACAGAAUUAAGUAGCAACUAGGAAUACAGUUGUUCAAAUCAAGCUGCAAGGUAUGUGCACACAGAUCAGCACAGUGACUUGGCCCAGCUCAUCACUUUUGUUUGAGGACAGCUUAUUUAAUCUGAGGGAGGCAUAUUGAAGCAGCCAGAGAGAAAGUAUGGUCGACUUUAACAAAUACAUUACUACUAUAUUUUCUCUGCUUAAUGCACAAGUACAGCAAAACAGACUAGCAAUAGUCACUAGCAAUAGUCUCCCAUGCAUUUUCUUGAGAGAAAAAAAUGCCAGAAAAAAUCCUGUCUCACACUUACCCUUUUACAUUAAACCCAUGGAUAAAAAAAGCAUAGUUCAUAUUCUUCCUUGUUUUUCCUGAAACAUAGGAACAGGAAGGUAGAUUAUAGUAAUUCUUCCCACUUCUGUUCUGAACUGAAGACUUGCAGACACGAGGCUCCUCCGGAUGAGUACUGCUUUUUUUUUCCAGUAGUUGAGGCUGGUUUUGCCACACCAAGUCCAAGUUUUGAUUAACAAUUUUAAAACUGGAUCAUUACAGCAAAUAUUCUACAACAGCAGCAAUACUCAUUUUUGUCUGAAUAGAUGUGAAAGACAAAAUUAACUGCAGCAGUAUCUACAGCUAGCAAAGCUCCUGGCAGUACAAUGACACCUUUGUUAUGCUAUCCUUAAAGAGUUCCCAGUUAAGCAAAAAGUUAACUAAUGAAAUCAUGGGGGAGGUCUUUUUUAUUUUUCUUUUUUUUUGAAGAAUGUCACUCAGUUUCCUUCUCUGCAACACUAUGCUUUCUUCUCAUGCAGCUGGCCUUGCCAUUUAUAUUCCUUUCCCAUGUAAAAAGUUAUAUAGAAGAAGCAGUAUUCAAACCAGUAUUUUGAGCUGCAAGUGAAAAAAAAGCAGCAGCGACUUAAGCCACCCAAAAAAAAAAACCUUCUAAGAAGCUGCAGACAUAAUACAGUUUUGUUCCUUCCUUUCACAUCCAGCUUGCUGAUGAUAGAUGUAUGUGUAUGGAGUUAAACCCACACAGAGUCCACUACAAUUCAGUAUUAAUGAUGAGUGCAAUGCAAAGUGGGGAAGUUUUACUUCUACAUAGCCUUUUCCCUGCAAGACUAGCCUAUAACAUAACAUAAAAACCAAACAAGAUGAGACUAAAGUAAGGUUAAGCAGUGAUGAUGCUGAAAAGGUACGAGAUCCAACAGCAGGAAGCUAUGCAAUUUCUGACUUGCUGUUGUAGUGAGGAGAAUAAAACAGAGGAAGCAGCAGUAUAAACCACUUGGGAAGAAGAGGGGAAAGCACAUUUAAUGGGUAGAACAAACUGAUACCGAAGGCUGAAACUGAAGAUUUAGAAAUACCAUAGCCUUCGCUUCAACUGCAAGGAAGUCAUAGCAUAAGUAGGAUUACAGGUACUUCAGGUAUUUUGGUUUUGGUUUGUUUUUUUAUUUACUCGACUGUAUAGUUCUGCCAGACUAAGACUUCAAACCAUCAUUUACGUUUCACUUAACAGUAACAACUUUCCAUCAGUUUUACAGUAGGAAGUCACACAGGGCAAUGUGACAUCUCGGUACAUAAAGGAAAUCGGGGUCAAUAUAUGCAACUGGCCUUUGAUGCAAUGGAUACCAUGAGAAAGAGAUAUGAAAAGCUACUGGGAGAAACACUUAUGCACUAAAAAAGGAGGUAAAAAGCUCUCCUUUUCAAAUUAAGGUAAAUUUUAAAAAAGCCAAACUGUUAAUAUUUAAGCUUUUAAUCUCAUAUUGUUUAUGAGAGCAAGCUCCAUUUAAUACACAGCUUGUUAAUUAACAAGCAUUUUCCUUGCAAGCAGAAUUGAGUAUUGCAUAUUUACUGCCAAAUACUGGUCUGGGGUAUUCAAAAGAAUCUUUAAAAACUAUCAGACAAUGCAAAAUGUACAAUGCAGGCCCCUAGCUUUAUAAAUACCUAGCAGGCCCGUAAAACAAGGAAGCCUACAGUAUGGGUAUAUAGUAUGUAAUGUAACUGAUGGCAACACCACACUGCAUACUAAUUCAUUGCUAUUAUUCCACAUUUCUAAUUUAAUUUCCACGUGCAUUUCCGCAUAAGAAAGCUUUUUUUUCAGAACAUCAAGAGUUACAUCUCUCAACAGCUGCCAAGUUUGUUAGUACUUGUGAUUGCUUUCAGUUCUUAAACUUUUUACCAACAGCCUCUUAUACCUCAUUGUGGCAAUGCUACAACACAUUUUUUUCUGUCUUUUGAUGUUGAAAGGUUAUAAAACUGAUUGUGAUUUUUCUUCAACUCUAUCAUAAGUACAAAAUACUUUCCCAAUAAAACUUGUUAAAAUACAAAA